GCCAUUCGCCAUUGGCCACCGCGAACGCAGCUUACUGCACACACCAAACUAGCUUAUAUAGCCAUGCAAUGCUCCAGAGAUGAACCAAACCAAACCCCAGCUACGAUAAACUCAAGAUUACUCUCAAGUAAUCGUCCGUAUACCACACAAUGGUCCUUCACUUUGCACUCAAGCUUGACCCGAGAGAAUUCUGCGAUCCAAAUAUGACUAUGUACAUUUCCAACCUCACAUCAUCCUACAUAGAUAAGAGCAAUGAGCCCACCAUUGUCUCCUCCACCACCAUCAUGUUCGUCCUCGCCGGCCUCUUCUUCAGCCUCAACCUCUUCAGCGGCAUCUCCGACGUGAGCGCCAUCCUCGACCCCAAAGUCCGGCUCUUCCUCUCCUCGGCGCUCUCCCUCUUCCUCCCCGUCAUGUCCUACCUCUUCUCCGAGGCCAAGAACGCGAGGAACACGACGACGACGAGCUCCUCCUCCACCACCACCACCGUGGCUGAUCUCUCGCUGACGGCCGGGCUGAUCCUGGUAUGGAUGCUUCUGGUGGAGCUCCUCCGCAAGAAGGUGGACGAGAUCCGCAUGCGCGGGCACUCGAGCACCAUCCAGCGCGCCGGCCGCGUUGUUUGGCUGGGAAACCUUGUCUUCUUCAACAUCAAGAGCGUUGGUCGGAAGGCGGUGUUCAGCAUCCUUUGGAUCCUUUGUGCCACAAAAGUGGCGCAGAGAUUCGUCUUCACCGAGGUGGGGAAGCGUUCAUAUGCCCAUGGCAAGAACGCUUCUGUACUCACCUCAUACAUGGCUCAGAUGCUAGAACGUGAGGAGCAUCAAGCAGAGCGCCACCAAGCUGUCCAGGACGGAGACGAGCUGUUGAAGAGGUGCAAGUACAUUGUCAUGGGAGAAAACAAGUUGGUGAAGAAGGCUACUGCAGAUGGGUAUGAGUUCUUUUUUCCGACCAACGACGAUGGCGUCAUCACUGUUGGUAAAGUUUGGGAGCUUCCCGAGACAGGCAGUCAGCACAAGGAAAUCCAACACCUCAAGAGAAUCUGCCUCUCGUUUGCUCUCUUCAAAUUGUUGCGUCGAAGGUUUGAGCAUCAGCCGGCGAUGAGCGAUGAAGAGGCACGCGACUGCCGGAAGUUCCUCUUGAAUGGCUUGUACGGCCAAAGAAGAAAGGAGGAUGCACAUGUACUAUUCCAAGUGAUGAAUGAUGAGGUCAACUUCCUCAGUGAGUAUUACCACUCUGUCAUCCCUGUCGUCUUCGCGAGCCCCUUCUUCCUCAUAGCAAACUACUUUCUUCUCCCCAUAGUCGUAACCGUCCUGUGCCUCAUGUCUAUUAUUCUGUGCGGCAAUGGAGAUGUUGGAUAUGCAUUCAAAAGCCUCGGUAGAGACAACUACACCUUGCAGCAUGGAGUUUCAAAAAUAGUCAGAUGCCUUCUAGCCAAAGCCCUCGAUAAUAAGGCCCCAGCCUUCUUUUCCCUAGUAGACCUUUCUAUAACUGCCUUUCUAUUCAUCAUCUUCUUCUACGAGGAGAUAUGGGAGUUCGUUGUUUUCCUACUCUCCAAUUGGUUCAUGGUCUCAGUGCUAUGCAGCUUCAGGGCCAAAUACGACUGGCCUCGGAGCCCCACCUUUGGUGGAGCCUUCCGCCGUCUCCUGUGGCUACGGAGCAGGAUGAGCCAUGCCCCCCUUAGGGUAAAGCAAUUUUCCAUGUUGAACCUCCGUUGGCCACCCCACCUACCAUUGUUUUCCCCACUCUUCUUGGCGAUAAGAACAGAGGGUGUACCCAACAGCUUGAAGCAGUCCAUCAUGGAUUGUCUUGUGGAACAUGAUCGCCAUCCUAAUAACACUCCCCUUACCAAAGGCACAUCUGCAUUGGAGAAGCACAAGAUUCCUCAACACCAUGCUCUAAGGGAGGCUUGCACGAGCGAUAGCGCCGCCGAGGUCAUCCUCACAUUGCACAUUGCCACCAGCAUCUUGGAGGCCAAGUGUGCCCCUCCGAGCAAUAAAAAUGAAGAUGUAAGAAUGGUGGCGAUUAAGCUGUCCAAUUACUGUGCCUACUUGGUGGCCUUCCACCCUGAGCUACUCCCCGACAACAAGGAAAAAGCGGAGGAUGUCUUUGAGGCAAUGAAGAAGGAGUUGAAGGACAUGCUCGGGUGCCGAGUGUACUUCCUGUCAUCGAAGAGCACGAGGGUCGAGAAGAUGAUGAAAGCCGUAGAGGAUGAGAGUAACAAGCAGCAGGAAACCAGUACAGAGGAUGAGAGUAACAAGCAGCAGGAAACCAGUACAGCAGUGCAGAUAAGGGACAUUGAAGUGGAAACACCAGGUCACAGCGAGCAAGACAACAAGAAAACGGAAGCCGCAGCAGGCAAGAGUGAUGGGAGCAAAGUUGUACUGAACGGCGCAAAGCUAGGGAAGCUGCUAAUGGACGAGGUUGAUCCUGAAGCAGUGUGGAAGCUCCUGGCCGACGUGUGGACGGAGCUCAUCGUCUACGUCGCGCCGUCGAACGACGAGGAGCGCGUGAAGGGGCACGAGGAGGUGCUGGUGCAGGGAGGCGAGUUCAUCACCGUGCUUUGGGCGUUGACCACCCACAUCGGCGUAGCCCGGCCGCCGCCACAGACCAAGCAAUCCACUCCAGGACCUUGAGGGAAGAAAGGGAAAAAAAAUCAAAACUGGAUAUGCAUUUGGCUGUUUCGUUUGUGCUUCAGUGUACUGUGCAGCCAGCUUUUUGAUACUCUUGUUUCUUGCAUCCGAGUGUGUGUUUGUACGUUGGCAUGUUCUUGUUGAGAGAUUUCUUGUUUGAUUUCCCCCAACUCGGAUCCUUUCCGGGCGGUGAAGGAGAUGUGUGUGAGGAGUGGACUGUUGUGUACAUAAUAAUGUUUGCUUGGUUCAUCAGUUCUUCUUAUGAGCCAAUGUACAGUGACGAAGGAGACUCAUCACUGAUCCUCACCAA